AACCAGGUCUUUUUCGACGUCGUGGUCGGCGGGCGGCGGGAGCAGACGAUGCGGCUGGUGUUUGCGCUCUUCUUGGACGAGGUGCCUCUCGCCGCAGCCAACUUCCACGCGCUGUGCACCCAGCGCUACGAAGGGCUGGGCGACGGCGGUGCGCCGCUCACCUACCGCCGCUCGCCCAUCAGCCGCGUCUCGCGCGGCGGGUACCUCGAGGGCGGCAGCAUCGCGGGCAACGGCGCGGGCGGCGACUCGAUCUUCGGCGCGAGCGGCUUCGAGGACGAGCCCUUUGGCCUCCGCCUCCGGCACAACGCGCCCGGCCUGCUGAGCAUGGUGAAUCACGGGCCGGGCACCAAUCGCUCCGCUUGGCGCCUGACGCUGGCGCCCUGCCCCUCGCUCGACGGCACGCACGUCGUCUUCGGCCGCCUCGUCGCCGGCGCUGCCCACCUGCCGCUGCUCGAGGCGCUGCCCGUCGACGCGUCCGGCUGCCCCGUGUCGCCGGUGGAGGUAGUUGACUGCGGCGCGAUG